GAGGAUGGCUGAGCAAGGAGACUGCAAGCUGCGAACUUCAAGCAUCUGAUCGCGACUGCGGCUGCACCUCACGACCGUUGCAACCUACUAUCAUCCUGGAUUUUCGUCAAGGCGACUUAGCAUACGAAGACUGAUACAGGAAAACAUCAAAUGAUUCAUCAUCAUAAGAGUACAAGAUGCUUCAAAACAAUAGAGCAACAAACAUUCUCAACCGCGUUCACAGCAAAUCUUGCACGGCACCGUUUUAAGCUGUUUCACGUCCGAAACGCAACGAUUGGAAUUGUUGCUUCAUGAAAGUCCCUCAUGCGUGGGACAAUAUCGAUGAACUUUAUCGGAUUACAAAAGUCCUGCAGCAACCUGAUCAAAGUCCCGCAUGAUGAGUCGGUCAUGUAUUUGAUACCGUACGUGACACCUCAUGACAGUAGGAGUGAGUCCGAGAGUCGGAACCCAUGGCGAGGAGUCCUGGCAAGUUUCGCAACAGGGAGGUGGCUGGGGACAAGGCUUGAUGAGCUCGAAGGUGACCGUGUGGGAGGAGAACGGCACAAGAUCAAUGAUAUCAGCCUGCGGGUUCAACACCCUGCGGCAGAUCUUACCACCUGUGACCGUCGCCGUUCCGAGUGAACUUGCAGGGCAACGCGGUGAUCGACAUGCGUGAAACCGCACCAGCAACAAUGCGAAUCGUUGUCUUCUUCUCACUGUGUACCGGUGAGGUAGGGAAAAAGGAGGAGGGUGGGGUGCACAUAAAUGUUCUUCGAUAAAAGAUGAAAAUGCUU